AUCUGUUCUCUCGCUAACGGUUUCCCACUUUCCCACAAAGGGCGAAAGGAACACCUACUUGUCUCCAUCGAUGUCCUUUGGCAUGGGCUCGUUGUCACACGAGCAUAUUUUUCCAGCGUGGUGUCACCGAGCGACGGUUAAUUAAAUGGGCCUUCCAACAGCCUUAUGAAGUGACCGGUGUUAAGGGGCUUUUCAACAUCUGCAUUGUUUUCAUCACGCUUUCCGUCGGACUCCCAGCUUGAUUGAUAGAUGACCUCAAGUUCUUGACGCACACAUGUCAUAACACCAUUUUGGAAGACCGCUAACGUGAAUGAAGGACUGCAAUUGAAUCGUCAAAGAAAAACAAGUGUGAUAUCGCCUGUCUCGUGGUGGACAUCAGGAGCGUUGCUUCUUGAGGUGUGGCCUUAAAAUAACCGGAGAAGGAAGAUCAUGAGUGUGCUCCAAGAACAGGACAGUGAAAAAUGUGGGAUGGGUCACUGUUGUGGAUUUUGUAGUCUCGCCAACAUUGUCUAUUUCAUCGGCAUUGCCAGUGUUUUAAUCCAUGUCUUGGAAUUCUUCGCCUUCUGGUAUCUGCUGGCAGCUUUUUUCAUCAUCAACACAGAGGUGCCCAAGUCGGACGACCAGUUCUGGGGCGUCCUGUAUCCAGCCCUGCUAAUCCUUCACACAGUCAUCCAGGUUUGCUUCUCCAUUCUGCUCAUAGUAGGUGUACUGAAAAAAAGAAAAGCGUACAUUCUACCUUGGAUGAUAACGACUAUCAUUGAAUGUGCCAUACUUUUCAAGUCCGCCAUUCUGCUUGGAAUACAGUCGGUUCCAGCAAGUGCGUGGAUCAUAGCGACAACGCUAGCCUUCUUCAGUGUGCAGAUUUUCUACGUUGCCUGCGUAAUCCUGUACUUCAGAAGGAUUAAGAAGAUGGAAAGAGAAAUUCAGCCACCUGAUGUGUUCAAGUGCACGUAAAUACGUCAUCAGCAUGCAAGCCAACACUGUGCCCUCUAUCAAGCGUGACUCGUGAACCAUACCAGUGCAGCACGCUCAAUACGUGCUCACCGCAAUUGCAUCUCCUCCAUAGGACGUGUCGCCGUAGUAGCAUUCUGUGUGAUCACGAGGAACUUUGUUGACUUUCAGUGCAAUAUAUGUGAACACUUGCUCACGUCGUGGAACUGAAUAGUUCAGACACAGCGAAUGUAAAGCGUGUGUGUUGUUGAAAAAAAUUUGGAUAUUAUUCAUAGGCUGCAGACUGGUGUUCUCGGGAGAUGAUUUUGCGCAGCACGUUUUGAUUCGGAAACAAGUGAUUCAAAGCACGUACGACGCCGUGCCACCGCAGUCCGCACCCGAAUUCACAGUCCAAUCGCCAGCAUGAUUAACGCGAAAUUUUAUUGCAAAAUCAUGGAAGGGGAACCUUGUGGUAUUAUACUUCGAAGAUUAAAAAAUUUGUUGGACCCCACGA